AUGGGCCAACAACCUCCCCCGAGCGCCAGCGGCACCGUCCAGCUAGCCUCGCAACAUGAGCGUCUGAUCCUCGAGCUGCUUCCCUUCCAGGACAUCCGUCAGUUCCACGACUGGCUGAACGGCGUGUACGUGCGCGGCUCGUGGAACGAGUUCCUGCGGGACUUCCACGGCGCGCACCCGCUCACGCCCGAACCCGACAAGGGCGCGACGACUCAAAAGGCGCGGGAGGCCAUCAACGCGCGCGGGGCGCAGUACCUGAUGCACAACCCGGACAAGUCGGCGUGGACGGCCGAGGACCACCACGUGCGCUUCGUCGUCGCCGUCGUCUCCGACAACAUGCUCGACGGCCUGUGGUCCGACAAGGAGUGGAAGAAGGGCGGCCUCGCCGUCUGCGCCGCCGUCUUCGAGGUCCUCGUCUUCCUCAAGGCUAUGGCGGCGGCGGCCCCGGGCCCUGCGGCUGCGGAUCCCCCGCGCUACGAGGCCUAG